UGUGCCAGCCUUGAACCUGGAUCGGAUCAGCACCGGAGACAUCAUCCCAACUGCGAAGAGGCGCCGAUGGAACCAUCCCAGACGGGAUUAUCCCUGUAGAACCCACAACCAGAACCAGAACCAGAACCGGUCCGAGCCGGUUCCAACCGGAAGCUUGUCGCUCAGAGACCCGAUAUGAGGAGCGGCUGAGCGGCCAGGAGCUGCUGUCUGAACAGGACCGAGGAUUAUUUCGUGGCUGCUGGUGGUGCUGAUGGUGCUGAUGGGGUUCCAGCCUCCAGCCGACCGAGAUGCUGGAUGGAUGCUCCGCCACGGUGAGGCGUUCAGGGCCGGCUGGGAUUUUUAAGAGCGAGGUAGAGUUUGAGCGUUUGGAAACUUGUGAGGAUGGACAACCUUCAGAGGAACAUUGGGGAUUAUCCAUGGCAUCAUCAUCAUCAAAGAUGGAUUCCUCUCUGAUUGGUCGCUGGAGGCCGCUGCUGUGAAAAGAUGAGAUCAUAGUGAGAUCAGGUUCACCUUUACUCCUACCGAGGUUCACCUGGAUUCUGCUGAUGGUGAGAGGCACCAUGUCAGAGAGGUCUAACCCAGCCUGCUGAGGAACCAUGGACUACCACACCGAGUGCUGCCUGUGUAAUGCUGACGAUGGUCCAGGAGGUCUGGAUGAGCUCCACAGCAUCCACGCUCCCAACCGGAUCCGGCCGUCCUCAUACAGAGCGCUGCGGAGCGCCGUGUCCAGCCUGGCCCGCAUCGAUGACUUCUUCUGUGAAAAGAUCGGCUCAGGCUUCUUCUCUGAGGUCUUCAAGGUACGUCCUGUUGGGGGGGGGGCAUCUCAUCAUCAGAACAAUAACCUGCUGUCUUUCCACACUGUUCAGUACAUCAAUGGAGGCAACCUGGAGCAGCUGCUGGACAGCGACCUGUACCUGUCAUGGAGCGUGAGGAUGGGACUGUCUCUGGACAUCAGCCGAGGACUGGAGUACCUGCACAGCAAGGGCAUUUUCCACCGAGACCUGACCUCUAAGAACUGUCUGGUCCGCUGUGAAAACGGCGCCUUCACCGCUGUGGUUGGAGACUUUGGCCUGGCAGAGAAGAUUCCAGUCUACAGUGUUGAGAAAAUGAUGCAUGGUUCAAAGCUCUUCAUCAAAAACAAAGUGGAGAACGACUUUGGUCUGGAUGUUGCAGCCUUUGAGAACAUGAUUGGAGAUUGCCCCACGGCGUUCUUCAGCCUGGCUGUGACCUGCUGUAAUAUGCGUGCAGAGAGACGUCCCUCAUUCUCUGAUAUUGUCUCCACAUUGGAGGCCCUGCGAGGAGAGGACAAACACGCAGCCAUCACUCUUGAGCCGCCGAUGGUGACUGUCAGCCCAUACCGGCGCCGCAGCUCCCCCUGUCACCCCGGAGACCACGGCCAACCCAGGAAGGGCCUGGCCAGGAGCCAGUCAGAUAUGACGCCCCCAGGAACCCUGACCCCGCCCCUCCUUGGAACACCUGCGCGGGUCAACCCCUUCUCCCUCCGCAGAGACCUAAACGGCGGGCGGUGUAAACUGCUGGACACGCCCAGCAAGUCGGUCAUCUCCCUGACCUUCGCCCUGCCAGCGCGGGAUUCCUGUUGCUCCCCCCGCCUCCUCAGAGGUACAUCAGGGAUACAAGCUCCACCCAGGAGGUGUCAGUCGCUCCCCAGUACGCCAGAAAUCAGCCGGACUGCAGCGUUCCCCUGUGACAGCAGGCAGGAAGAGGGCAGGCGGGGGCAGGUUGGCUCUAUGGAGGCUGAUGGGACGGUGGGGGGGUCAGAGAGGACGGAGGUUACUGAGGAGGGGGGCGGGGAUGCUGGUCUGCCUCUGGAGCUGGAGAUGGUUUCUCUGGAGCGGCUGGAGGAGGAGGAGGAGGAGGAGGAGAACAAUGAGGAGAGUGUCUGUCUCCAUGAACCCAUGGACUGCACCAAGUCCCCAGAACCAGCCAAGAGACCCCUAAACUCCGCCCACCUCAGACCCCUGCUGACCAACGGCUGGCGGCGGCCCAUCUCCAACGGACCGCCUUCUUUUCCUGCUCUGCCAAAGCUGGACAACAACAACCUGUCGGAGCUGGUGAUUGGCCAGCCGGUCCAAUGGGGGCGGGGACGGUACUCCAAUGGAUGCAGUGACGGCCAGGUCCCGCCCUCUGACCUCACAGGCUCCUCAGAACGAGAUGAGGUCACUUCCUGUCCAAGCUGCUGCUUAGUAGGUCUGAGUUUCCCCUCCAUGUGCCUCCGUGGCUCAGCGGCUGUCCCCGUCUCCCGGCGAAGGGCGUCGUUACCCCGACAACGGCAGUACCAGAACCUCAACGGUACAAUAACUGGUAGCAGUGCUUCCUCUUCCUCAGCCGCCGCUACCAAAACGCUCCUGUAUCGCAGCAGCAACGGACUGGUGGUGACGGACCGGUCCACUCCACGUGAGCCCAGCCGCUCCCUGCCGGAGGCGCAGUCUUAGCUCCCCCUCUGACCCACUUUAAACCCAAAGCUGAUGGUCUGAGAGGUGGACGGAGGUAGAAGGUCAUCAUGGCGGCUGAAAGGAAACGCCUCAGCGCGUCUGUUAGAGUCCAUAGAUGGUCCAAAGGUUCCGGAACGCUGGUGGAUCGCUUCUGCUCCGUACAGCAGAGUGAUGCUUGUGUUC